GCCUGUUCUCAGGCGGCCGGAGCCCAGCGUGGUCCUGGUCGCCGGAGGCGUGAGGCUGGUGUGAGGCUCGCGGAGCGGGCGCGGCAGCCCCGCGGCCUCCCAGGCAUGGCCGGCAGGGUCCGCACCGCUGCCGUCUGGGUGAGUGGGGCUUCCGCUCGCCCCGGGAGGGCUGCCCGCGCGUGGCGGCUCGCUGGGUCUGCCGUGGAGGACCGUGCUUCUUGCCGCCGGACUGCGCUCGCCUGCAGUCUCCUUUCUGUCCACCGAGGCUCGAGUUACACGGGUAGUCAUCGUCUUCCAGUUUCUCCCACCCUCGCUCACUGCGUCUUGUGCACCUGCUGGCUAACUUUUGCGUCAGUUUGUCCUGGGUCUGUCGCCGCCGCGGCAAGUGCCGAGUGCGGAGAUGGGCGCGGGUGGUCUGCGGGGCUUGGUGGACGAGGAAAGCCUCGGCACGGUGGUCGGUGCUGGUGAACCGGCUGCGUCAGGUUCCUCCUCUCCAGGAAGGAGAGCACUCACGUAACAUGAUCACAGAGCUCCAAUGUCAGGAACCUGUCCUGUGCCAAGGGACCCCCAGCCAGAGACCUCUCCUGGGAGCAACUGGUCAGGGGCAGAAGAGCCCCAGGACAAAGCAAGUCCUAGAGUGGCUGUUUAUUUCCCAGGAGUAUCCAGAAACCAAGUCCUGGGCUCCGCUCUCCUUCCUGGACGUGUGUGUGGAGUUCUCCUGCGAGGAGUGGCGGCUGCUGGACCCAGCGCAGAAGUGCCUGUACCGGAGUGUGAUGCUGGAGAACUACUGCAACCUGGCGUCCCUGGGGUAUCCACACUCCAUACCUGAUGUCGUCUUCAGGUUGGAACAAGAAGAGCUAUGUGUGGUGCAGGCCCGGAGCCCAGGCCAAGCCCACCCAGACAAAAUCUGGGAAAUUGAUGAUCAUACAGAGUGGCAACAGGAGAACCAAGGCAAGCCAGGAAGCAUGGCAAAAAACUUUGAAUGCACUGCAUUUGGAGAAAUGUGUCUUCUUAGUACAAGUUAUGCUUCUUCGAGACAAAAUGUUCAUAAAUGUGGCACACAUGGAGAGAUGUUGAACUAUAAUAUAGAUUUCACUACUAAUUAUGCUGGAAAGAAUCCUGAUGGGUUUCACUUACAGGGGGGAUCAUUAUUUCAUUCUAAACAUGAGCAAACUGUUACUGGAAUUACACACUGUGAAAAUAAUGAAUCUGGGAAAACCACAAACAAGAAGUCACCACUUAUAUGUCAGCAGGUGCAUCAGGGAGAGAAGACCUUCAGCAGCAGGUCAUACUUUAUAGUGCAUCAACAAACCCAUGGGGAAGAGAAAACCUGUGAAUGCAGUGGAUGUGGGAAGGCCUUCAGCAGUAAGGCAUACCUCAUUGUAUGCCAUAAAACCCACACAGGAGAGAAAUUACAUGAACGCAGUGAAUGUAGGAAAGUUUUUGAUUUCAGUUCACAAUAUCAGAGGCUUUGCCUAGGCAGCGAUUCCCAUGAAUAUCAUGAAUGUGGAAGUGUCUGCAGAAAAGACCAUUUCAUUUCCCACCAGAGGACUCAUGCAGAACAAAAACCCUAUGGGUGUGACAAAUGUGGGAAAACUUUUGGUUUGAAGUCACAGCUCAUUAUACAUCAAAGAACUCACACAGGAGAGAAACCAUAUGAGUGCAGUGAAUGUCAGAAAGCCUUCAAUACAAAAUCAAACCUUGUGGUACAUCAGAGAACUCACACAGGAGAGAAGCCCUAUGUCUGUACUGACUGUGGAAAAGCCUUCACAUUCAAGUCACAACUCAUUGUACACCAGGGGGUUCACACCGGAGUAAAACCUUAUGGGUGCAGUGAGUGUGGGAAAGCCUUCAGUUUGAAGUCACAGCUCAUUGUGCAUCAGAGAAGUCACACAGGAGUGAAACCCUAUGUGUGCAAUGAAUGUAGCAAAGCUUUCAGGAGCAAGUCCUAUCUCAUCAUACACAUGCGGACACACACGGGAGAGAAGCCACAUGAAUGCAGUAGUUGUGGGAAAACCUUCAGUUUUAAUUCACAGCUCAUCAUACACCAGAGGAUUCAUACAGGAGAGAGUCCCUACAAGUGCCAGGAAUGUGGAAAAGCCUUCAGUCGGAAAUACCAGCUCAUUUCCCACCAGAGGACUCAUGCAGGACAAAAACCCUAUGGGUGUGACAAAUGUGGGAAAACUUUUGGUUUGAAGUCACAGCUCAUUAUACAUCAAAGAACUCACACAGGAGAGAAACCAUAUGAGUGCAGUGAAUGUCAGAAAGCCUUCAAUACAAAAUCAAACCUUGUGGUACAUCAGAGAACUCACACAGGAGAGAAGCCCUAUGUCUGUACUGACUGUGGAAAAGCCUUCACGUUCAAGUCACAACUCAUUGUACACCAGGGAGUUCACACUGGAGUAAAACCCUAUGGGUGCAGUGAGUGUGGGAAAGCCUUCAGUUUGAAGUCACAGCUCAUUGUGCAUCAGAGAAGUCACACAGGAGUGAAGCCCUAUGUGUGCAAUGAAUGUAGCAAAGCUUUCAGGAGCAAGUCUUAUCUCAUUAUACACCUGCGGACACACACAGGAGAGAAGCCACAUGCAUGCAUCGAAUGUGGGAAAUCCUUCAGUUUCAAUUCACAGCUAAUUGUGCAUCAAAGAAUUCACACAGGAGAAAAUCCCUUUGAAUGCAGGGAAUGUGGGAAAGACUUUAAUAGGAAAGACCAACUCAUCGCACAUCAGCGAACUCAUGCAGGGGAAAAGCCGUAUGUAUGCAGUGAAUGUGGGAAAGCCUUUAGCAGCAGGUCAUACCUCAUUAUACACAUGCGAACUCACUCAGGAGAGAAACCGUAUGCAUGUAAUGAAUGUGGGAAAGCCUUCAUUUGGAAGUCACUACUCCUUGUGCAUGAGCGAACUCAUGUUGGGCAAAACCCUUACAAAUGCAAUCAGUGUGAGAAAUCCUUCAGCGGGAAGUUACGGCUUCUCGUACAUCAGAGAAUGCACGCAAGAGAGAGACCGUAUGAGUGUAGUGAGUGUGAGAAAGCCUUCAUUAGGCAAUCUCAGCUUAUUGUACAUCAGAGAACUCACUCCGGAGAGAAACCCUAUGGAUGCACUGAAUGUGGAAAGACCUUCUCUCAGAAGUCAAUUCUCAGCGCACACCAGAGGACACAUACAGGAGAGAAACCCUGCAAGUGCCCUGAGUGUGGGAAAGCCUUUUGUUGGAAGUCACAACUCAUUAUGCAUCAGAGGACUCAUGCACAUGGGAAACAUAUUGAUGCAUUUCAUAUCAGAAAAUUUCUCUCAAAAGUCAAUUCACAAGGGAUACCAACAAAGUCAUAUAAAAGAGAAACUCAACUGGAAUCAUCUCAUAUGCAAGAAAACUCAUAUUGAACAGAAACCUUUUCAAUGGUUGGCAUAUGCCAGGAAUCCACAGUAAUCUACAAAAAGCUAUUCUUUAUACUCACAAAUACUAGGGAUAUACACAAGAAUGCUAAAAAUUCAGCAACCCUCAAUGUUUUCAGGAGCAGAUCUUUUAUUAUUUUUAAAUGGAUCUCACUCAGUUGCUCAUACUCUGGGCUCAGGUGACCCUCCUGCCUCUGUCUCUUGAGUAGUGGGGACUAUACCUGGCUUCAGUCUAUACUUGUGGGAAACCAUAUGUGUGAGAUGAAUGCUGGCAGGUUGUCUUAGUCCAUGGUAAAGUUCAUGGAUAAAGCUUUGUGAGGAAAUGAAUGUGGAAUGGACACUGCUGACAUUCAUCAAUUAUUACUCAUUAGGAUUUUAAUAAAAUAGAACCAGUGAAUGGAAGAACUAUCAAAAUUACAAACAUUAGGUAUCAGGAGUCCAUACCUUAGAGGAUCAUGCUGUACAUUAUGAUUUCUUCAUCUAGAAAUGGCCAGCUUCUAGCAAUAAUAAUAGUGGUGAUGAUGUAGAAAUGAAGAUUUUGAUGUAUCACAUGAGGGGGAAGCCUUAGCAGGAAGGGUCGCCUUAGCAGGUGUCAGAACCUUCAUUCUAAAAUGCCUGUUAUUUCAUUUAAUAUGGAAAUUUUCCUUUAGAAAUAAUUUUAAGGGAAAUUAUUUUGCAGAUGUUCCAUUUUUUGUGAAGAUUGGAGAAAAUACUCAACUUUGAAUGGUAAUAGGAUAUAAGGUUUUUUAGUGUGUUCAUGUAAUAAUCAGGAUUUCAAUAAGAAAUACAUCCCAAGACCCACAGAAAUGAUUUAAAUAUCUUCCUAUAAGUGUUACUUCAUAUGGAUUUUGUCUAGUUGGAUAUUUUAUUUAGGAAAGCCACGUGUGAAACAUAGAUAACAUAUAAAGUAUCACCUACCAAAUGUUUCUGUUUCUGAGUAAAUACAACUUGUUUUUAGAGAACUGUGGCUAAUUAAAAGUGAGUUUUUAACAAUACCACAAGUACUUCCUGUCAUUUUCACCCUUUGUAAGCAGUGCUAGCAGCUAACUCAGUCACGGAAAUCAGCGUGGUGCUCAUCCCAUGAUGAGCUAGAUGUUCUGGCUGGAACAUCUUGAUUUCUUUUACAAGGAGUAACCCUCAUAGUGUAGGACUCAUGACGUGACCACCAUUCAGGGUGUCCUGCAUGAUCACUAAGGUCGGCUGAAACUCCACAUUUUCAGUAAAAUUCUCAAGAACAGAAAAGCAACCUGAGCUUUUGUCCUGUGGUGCAUCUUGAUGUGGUUGUUCCUUCUGCUUAGAUUUGCAUGAACAGCUUUAGAGAAUGUCAUUUUGCCUAGUCACUUAUAUUCAAGUUGAAUUAUUUGGUAUCCUUUUUAAUACAUUGGGUAAGCUAACCGUGUGUGUGUGUGUGUGUGUGUGUGUGUG